AUGGACAAAUACAAUAAUUUAUCAGAUUUUCUCAAGAAUUUCUACGUUCCUUCGUACGUUCUCUCCCCUGAAGCCGAACAUGUGGUCGUGCCAAGUGGUCCACCAGAGAGCCCAAUCAUCGUAUUCAUCAACUCCAAAAGCGGCGGUCAACUCGGUGGAGAACUCUUAAGAACCUACCGAACUCUUCUCAACGAAAAACAGGUUUUUGAUCUUGAGGUAGAGACUCCGGAUAAGGUGCUACAGAAAAUAUAUCUUAACCUAGAGAGGCUAAAAGACGAUGGUAUCGCUCGCAAGAUUCAUGAGAAGUUGAAAAUAAUUGUUGCAGGAGGAGAUGGAACAGCUGGUUGGCUCCUUGGAGUUGUCUCUGAUCUUAAAUUAUCCAAUCCACCUCCAAUUGCUACUGUUCCCUUGGGUACGGGAAACAACCUUCCAUUUGCAUUUGGAUGGGGGAAGAAAAAUCCUGGAACAUGUAGGUCUUCUGUGGAGUCUUUUUUGGAUCGAGUGAGCAAGGCUAAAGAAAUGAAGAUAGACAAUUGGCACAUACUUAUGAGGAUGAAGGCUCCCAAAAAUGGCUCUUCUGAGCCUAUUGAGCUACCGCAUUCUCUACAUGCAUUUCAUCGUGUUUCUCCAUCAGAUCAAGUAAAUAUAGAAGGUUACCAAACAUUUCGUGGAGGGUUCUGGAAUUACUUUAGCUUGGGGAUGGAUGCUCAAGUAUCUCAUGCAUUUCAUUCUCAGAGAAAAUCGCACCCCGAAAGAUUUAAGAAUCAGCUGGUUAAUCAGAGCACAUAUUUAAAGCUUGCUGGUACACAAGGAUGGUUUUGUGCCUCUCUUUUUCACCCUUCUUCAAAAAACAUAGCUCAGCUAGCAAAGGUUCAGAUUUGUGAUAAAAGUAGCCAAUGGAAUGACCUUGACAUUCCCCAAAGCAUCAGGUCAAUUGUGUGUUUGAAUCUUCCUAGCUUUUCUGGAGGACUAAAUCCUUGGGGAACACCAGACCCGAGGAAACAACGUGAUAGAAGCCUAACUUCACCAUUUGUUGACGAUGGACUCAUCGAGAUCGUUGGGUUUAGAAAUGCAUGGCAUGGUCUUGUUCUGCUUGCUCCAAAUGGUCAUGGGACAAGACUUGCUCAGGCAAAUCGAAUUCGGUUUGAAUUCAAGAAAGGUGCAGCGAAACAUGCGUAUAUGAGAAUGGAUGGAGAGCCAUGGAAACAACCACUGCCACUUGAUGAUGAAACUGUCAUGGUAGAGAUUUCACACCAUGGACAUGUGAAGAUGCUUGCAAACCAUAAUUGCAGGUCCAAAAGCAUGUAUGAGUCUUCUUCCACAACCCGGUCUGAUGAUGAUGAAAAUGAAGACUACUCAUCAGUGGCUAGAGGUGAGGAAGUGUUUAGAAAGUUUGGUGCGGCUGAUACAUUCAAGAUUUCUAACGAUCUUUGA